AUGGUAGAGAUCACAAAAUCAUCAUCCGCAGUUGACUCAGUGCGCGGUAGCAGCAUUUUUCACGAUAUGCACCACCAAAGCCAACCGAUAGCCUGGCUUGAACAAUUCGUCAAUGACAUUGACGCAAGAAGCUCAAAUGUCCCCAUACACCCCGUCAUCAAGAGUCUCCAAGAUCUCAUCGAAAGCAGGACCGAGCUUCGCAUGUGGGCGUCCGUAAUGUUCCAAGAAGUGCCCAACAAGAAUCCCUACAACAACCAACACAACAAGAGGACAAAAAUCAAGGGUGCCUUCACUCAUACCCCUGUGCGAGGAUAUCGCCACAUGAUAGACCUCUUGGCUGUCAUCGUGGCUGAGGUAGGGCCGCCGUAUGCGCUGACUGUUCCCGCAUUUGGAGUCAUGGGCCUCCCAUUCCAAGCUGUAGUGGACUGGCCAAUGGGCACACCAAGCGGGCAUGCGUUUUUCCUCGACACCCAAGUUAAUGCGAAACUCAAAGAUAUUCUGGAUGCUUGGCGGGACAACGUUCUUACAACGAGCAAGUCUCUCGCAGUCGUCACAACGGCACCAGGCUGUUGGCUGUCGCCGGAGUCUGUUGCUGCAUUUGAACGGGAUGCCAACUUGGACAGCAAGCAGUCGUUCUCCUUUGAGCAGCUGUUUGCUUGCGAUCCGUACGCUGACCCUGUGCACUGGGGAUUCAAGUCUUGGGACGACUUUUUUGUACGUCGGUUCAGGGAUAUCGAUGCUCUGCGCCCAGUUUCCCAUGCGGACGAAUCGACGUGGAUAGCGAAUGCUUGCGAGGCGCUGCCAGUGGCAAUCAAGUUAAAAGUGAAAAGGUAUGACGAAUUCUGGCUUAAGGGAACCAAUUACUCCAUAGCAGAUCUCCUGGGCCAUCAUGAGUUGGCAGACAACUUUGUUGGCGGCACGAUUUACCAAGGCGUUCUGCGAACGACAUCAUACCAUCGCUGGCAUGCACCUGUGUCUGGCCACGUUGUCUUUGCGCAAGUAAUUAAUGGCGCCUACUUUUCAGAACGCUCUACAAACGGUCUGGGUAGUGAACCGAUAGGCCCCCCGACAUACGACCAAGUCUACUUGGGCCAUGUUGCCACGCGUGCCCUCGUCUUCAUCCAGGCAGACGAACCGAUCGGGUUGAUGUGUUUUAUUGCCAUCGGCAUUGCUGAUGUAUCAUCAUGCGAGAUCGCGGCUAGGUUCUCGGGGAAUUGGCCGCAACCCAUUACAAAAGGCGAAGAGAUGGGGAUGUUCCACUAUGGUGGCUCGAGUCAUUGUCUUGUGUUUCGCAAGGAUUUGCACCUGGUAUUUAUGCAGGAGGCAAUUCCUGGAAGCGGCAGUUUGUGCGUUCCAGUGAGGGGCUCACUUGCGUUUGCAGCUGCAAGUAGUUGA